UCUUCCUGUUGAAAAUUUCAUACAGUACAUGCUGUAUAAGAGGAGGACAGAACUACCACAGGAUUAAAGCGUAAUGGCACACAUAUCUAUAUCUGCUUCAAAACCAGUGGGGACUCUGCUGUUUUGGGUCUGUCUUUGUCUAAUGGUCUCAACUCUGCAGACCCUGGUACCAAACGAACAGAGACAAACUGUGAGACAGAUUGCAUCAACCAUGCCGACAGAAGUACAAACCACCACAUACACUAAAGCAGAGCCUGGCUAUGGAGAUGGAGGAACAUUUGGCUGUGCUAACAUGAGCACCUGUGACACAUACUGUACAUUUUGUGUGGACUAUUCCUUGAGAACUCAAGAAUGCUAUGAAGUGCUGGUGGUUUUGUGUCAAAAUAAUUUUCAUGUUGCUAUGAUGUCCAUGAACAGUAUCGACUGGUGUUCCCUGGAAAAAAUAAAAAGUGCAUACAACAAUUUCACUGUGUGUACGGAGUCUGUUGCUGACUGUCUGCUGAUUCCCUGGCCGAAUCAGCUUGUUGAACACAUAUUUGUGGAUAUCCACACCACCUAUUUUCAAGAAUGCCCCUCAGAGGCACUGAAGGACCCCCCUCCCAGCAUCAUCCUGGCCCUUGUCAUGACCCCCAUAUGCCUAAUCCCUGUUAUGGUGGUCCUAGUUGUUUUCAAGACUAAAAAUGGUGACAGGAGGUCCUAGAGAAAAUUCCAGGUGCAAGAAGAUUUUAAAUGCAUCCUUUUGCUCUGUUUCUUCUUCACCCCACCCUGGGAUAAUGUCCUGGCCCAACACUCCCCAGUGAAUGUGCACCCGGUGGUCUCCAGGUUCGACUAAACCAGGAUGGAGAUUAAUUUGUUCUAGGUGUGACCUCUGACUGGAAAAUGUUACUGUACUUCAGUGAAAUAAUUGUUGGUUGUAUGUAUUUAUCAUUAAAUUGCAGCUAAUGUGCAGUACAGAUAUUUCACAGCAUUAUUAUCUACAACUUGCACAUAUAGGUUUGGUUGUCUUCGGGAUGUGAAUACAUAAUCCAUUGAAAUGUGAAAUGGCAAUGGAAAAAAGGUUCAUUUGAAGCAUUCAGAAGAAUUGUGUAGAUAACCAGAUGUACAAAACAACACUGCAUAAUCACAAACUAAUUUGAGUGUCCACUUUAUGCACUGUAAGAAAUUUUUAACCCAUAUUUUAAUGCAGAUUUUGUUGUUAGUUAAGUGACAAGAGCUGUUUAGCUGACUGUAAGAAUAACGGCUUUGUGAUUUCAUUUCUGUUGUAACACAAGUCAUAACGAUUGACUUUUUAUUGAGGAAUUAAGCAUAUAAGAAUCAAUCUGAAUGCAUGACAAAACAAAGCCGACUGAAAGUCACCCAUUUCAAUAGGCAGCUUUUUAAAUAUCUGUUUAUUUAUGUAACUUAAUGACAUGCACAUGUCUCUGAAAAGAAAACAUUUAAGAGGGAAGGGAAUGUCAGCAAAUGUUCAUUUUAAUUUUACUGUGCCCCUCACACAGAACUGCAUUGUACUUUACUCACAAUAUAAUUACUGUACAAAUGUAGUCACAUGAAAGAGAUUGGCAUUAGUUUUUAAUUUAAUUAUAUAUAAUUAAUUAUAAUUAUAAUUAAUAUAUAUAUAAUUAAUCAUUUAAAUAAUUGGUUAUGAAGGAUGAGUCUUACAACAGAAAAUUGAGAAGUUUUUGUAAAGUGUAUGUUUGCAGAUUGUUCUCUUUGUUCUCACUUUAAGAGCCUGCCAACAAAUUUAUACUUUAAUUACUUCACCUCCUACUUUGUUUGGAAAAUUUUGUUAUAUAAUUAAAUAUUAAACCACAUUGUGAUUUUAAUAAAAAUGUCCUUGUUUUGAAA